AUGUCUUUGAGUAGUAGCUUAUCAAAAUGGUGCUUAUUCGCAUUGUGUUUAUUAUUUUGGACUGCUGCAGCAAUCCUGUUUUAUGGAGGAGCAUGGAUCUUCAAAACUUAUCACCACUUUGACCAACUGACCACAGCUAACAUCACUCUCAUUCCAGCCAGCAUUCUCAUUGCCGUUGGCAUUGUGCUCUUCAUUGUUGGAGUUGUGGGUAUAAUUGCAGCUGGCAAGGAGAAUCGUUGGCUUUUAGCAGCUUACUUCAUUGCACUCCUUGUUGUUUUAACUGCUGAAAUAGCAGCUGGAUUACUGGCUUAUGUGUACAGACAUGAGGUAACUGUUGCUGUGUCAGACGGUCUACAGACUGCAAUGAAUAGAUAUAACACAAACAGUACAAUUGAUCAUGACCAAAUGGAUUAUGUGCAGAAACAGCUCAAUUGCUGUGGUGUGCAUGCUGCCACUGACUGGAAAAACACCAAUUGGUAUCGACAACACAAGGGAGCCCCUUUAAGCUGUUGUAAUCCUCAUUCAAAUAAUACCAUAAAUGGAACAUGUGACACCAGCCUCAACCCACUUUCUCCUGAUAUUUAUCCUGAGGGGUGUUACAAUGCACUAAAAUCUAGAUUCCUCUCAAAUCUGACAUAUAUCACCUCUGCUGGAAUCACAUUUGCUCUCCUACAAAUUAUUGGCUUGAUUGCAACUUGCAUUCUCUGCUGCCGUACACGUGGUGUAAUCUCAUAUGAAAAUCUAAAUACAAGUAGUGGAGGGAGUGCACUUCGGGUCUGA